AUGUCGACAGGAGACCUUGGGAAGUUAGAUGAUGUGACUGAGGUUACAGGUAGUUCUGGGUGUGGGUUACACGGCCCACAGCAGUGCUUGCUCUACAGCUCUGGACCAGUCCCUGGGCUGCUGACACCCUAUGACAGCGCCCUCCAUACAGACCCUGGACACAGUCUUCAUGUUUCUUUCUGCCCUUGGACUCCUGCAGGAGGCUCCAUGCUGAUCUCAGCGGUCUGCUGCUUCUUCCUGUUUUUUGGCAACAGCGAGUCCGCGAUGAUCGGCUGGCAGUGCCUGUUCUGUGGGACCAGCAUUGCGGCCUGGAAUGCUCUGGAUGUGAUCACAGUGGAGCUGUAUCCCACCAACCAGAGGGCGACAGCCUUUGGCAUCCUCAAUGGAUUAUGUAAAUUUGGAGCCAUCCUGGGAAACACCAUCUUUGCUUCUUUUGUUGGGAUAACCAAAGUGGUGCCCAUCCUUCUGGCUGCUGCUUCUCUGGUUGGGGGCGGCCUGAUUGCCCUUCGGCUGCCGGAGACUCGAGAACAAGUCCUGAUGUGAACAAUCUAUGGGGAAAGGAAGGUUGAAAGAAUCUUGUCCAGGACACGUAAAUGCAUCCACACUUCCUGCCUGUCACUGUCCGGAGGACACCUUGGGCAGCACAGGAGGAGAAGUUGAUUUUGUGACCCUUAGUUUAGGACUCACGUCAGCUGUCAAUGUGUUUGUAACUCAGGUGACUGAUUUGGGGGUGCCCCGAGCCACCCUUAGAAUCACAGAGCUGCGUGUUUGGCUUCUGGUCUCCCCAGCCCAAGGCAGGGGAGGACCCUUCCACGAGUGCACACACUAAGCGGGGAGUGCGCAUUUCCCUAAGUGAAGUGCAAGGACUCAUUUGCAUUUCAAAAGGAAUUUGAGGACGAGAAACACUCGAGCUCUUCCUUAAAGCUCCUUGGAGCCCAGUGAUUUAACAAAUUGUCUUGGCUGGAAGUUAGAAUCAUCAUGUGAGCAUUGGGCUUGAAGUACAGGAUACAUAUAUUUUUGCAUCUGAGAGUGUCACCUAUCAUAUUUUCCACUUGAAAAUUGGCACAAUAGCAUUGAAAAUACUCUGACAUAGAAAACCAAAUAUCUGAGCAAUACCUAUACAGAUCUCUCGUUCCCCUAAGUGUCCUAAGCUUUCCAUGAUGAUUAGGUGAUAGAUUUAAGAAUGAUAUUUAUUUCUAUUUUGCUCUAUUCAAUGCAACUUAAUGGGAUAGGUGUUCUGUAAACUAAGUUUGUAUAUAACUUUACUUGGGUUUAAUUGCCACGAGUGGUAUCUGCAAAUAUUGCCAGCAUUUUAGCCAUAUUUUGGGAGAACUGGGUGUUUGAGGUCCCAGGAAAUUAGGUCUGAUUGAAUGAAAUGCAAACACAAUUUCUUAUAGCCAUUUAACUUGCUGUCUGGAGGAUGCACUUAACAAACUCAUACUGUACAGUUCAUUUAACCCAGGCGCUUUUCUUCGUGUGGGUGGAGUGCGCAGUUACUUUUCUCUCUUGCCCAGAUCACUUGCGAAACUCAAGCUCACCGUCUUCAAUCCUGCCAUUUGAGUUUGCCGCUCACCCGGAAACAACACUGACAAGUGUCCAGUGGCCUCUGACGCUCUCUUUGUAGGCGAUAAUCAAACAACCAACGUGGGGGACUGAGGGAGGGACGGGGGAGUGUGGCCACAGUUCUUCCAAGUGUAAAUACUUUCUGCUCGUUUUAGUGGUAAAACGCCAUCCAUGUUCGUUAUAACGGUCCGGUCCCACGAGAAAUCUAUGCCACGUGUUCAUUCCUUUUGAAACAGAGCCCAUGGAUGGGAGUUAGGGACCAGAGUGGAUGUCAAAUAUGUUUUUUCUUCAGUGCUCUAAGAGACUCUUUCCUGAAAUCCAGUUAGGAACACGAACAGGGGUAUGAGUAGGGGUGGGAGCCUAGGACGGACUGCUCUGGCCAGCGGCAGCAAUGGACUGAAGUCUUGACUACAUGGAAGAGAAACAACUCGCUGGCCCUCACAACUGUCUAGCAAGGGAAGGGACAGUGAGCUAUGAACUCCUGCCACUGGAGGCGAAUCGCCUGGGCCCAGUAAACAUCAGUCUGCAAGAAGUAGUUCUUGGGGUUGAUUUGCAGUGCUCUCAACGGCCAUAAAGUGCCACACUUUCCCUAAAAGAGCUCUCCAAAUGUUUAAAACAGAAUAGUAAUGGCUGCAUUGAGUGUUUUCUCAGUUUUCGAGAAAUGCUUAGGUCCUGUGAUAGCUUCAGACCAUCCUUCUGUAAUUUUCGCAGGUAACAGGUGGGCAGGGGUAGAUUUUAUGGCACCUCUCCACCCUCCAUUUGAGAUCAGUUUUAAUGGUUAACAUGUUUCCUCUGUGUCUCUUGAAUCCCACCUAUUCAUUCAACUCUGAUUUGACACCCUGAUUCCCCUAAACACACACACAUAUAUAUAUAUAAAAUAUAUAAAUAUACUGCUGCGUAUUAAUGUUUCUCUCAGUGUUUUAUAGGGGUUACCUAACAUAAUGCUAUGUCGACAGUGAGAGGCCUGGUGUAAUAUAGCUGUAAUAUACUUUCCAUAUUCUUGUGAUAUGAGAUACAGUGGCUGGGUUCAUAAAAGAGAAUUGUGUAUAUCUGGGAUUACCACCUCUCCUAUAACAUUAUUCUUCAAGAGGAUAAUAUAAUUCGAUGAGAAGCUACCACUUAAGAAAUUUGCAAGCCAGAGCCUGCAUUUCUAGUUAAGAUGGAUCUUGUAAAUUUAAAAUCUGAUUAAGUUUUGAGUGCUGGGGUGGCCGCAACAAUUUAGGGGUUAACUCCAUGUGGUCUCCAAGCUCUCACUUCUACAUUAUCUUUAUGGCUCCUUAAACCAACCAGCUAACCAACCGAGGGAAGUUCCCAUCUCAUCCAUCACUUAGGCCUCUGUACAGGGUGCAGCCACGCUUUCCCCAAGAGGGAUCGUCUGGCGUAAGUACCUGGCCACUUCUUAAGUGCUGUCACUCCUGCCGAGAUAAAUGUGUCUUUAAAAAUAGUCUCUGUGGCAGGUCAUUGGGGGAUAAUGUACAGUGUUCCUGGUCAUCCACUUCUUUUUCACUUCAUUUUCUACCCUGAGAAACUCCCAGUGUGGGCCGUGGGGGGUUAAAAGGGCCGAGGCUCUCCUUUGUCGAGCAAAUCUGUUCACAGUUCAUGAUGAUGUAUUUUGCGAUGCUCAGUCUGGGGGUAGUUGCUUUUCAUAGUCUCAACUGUAUUGUGUGUCAUCUCCUGAUGCUGAUUUUUGAUCUUAUGUUUUAUUAAAAAUAAUUAGUGAAAGAGG